CGGAGGUGGAAGAGGAAUCCGCAGCCCUGGCACAACGUAAACACAUGCCCGUCUCCCUCGCUGCGCAGAGGACGCACCGGUUAGAGCAGAUGGAGUGAACUGACAGGACCACACCGCUUUAGAGGCUUUAAAGUUUCUUUUUUUUUGUCGUUAUCAUUUACUCGCAUCCAGAUUGUAAAUAUACAGAGAAUCGAACAGCUCAUCGGUUUGGGCGCAGAGAAGGUCUUCUGCCAUAUCGUCGGGUCUGUGGAUUACGCACGGCGCAGCUCACGGGACAGAAAAGUUUUGUCGCACAGGACUGCGUAACGAAGCGCGUUUUCCACCAAGAAGUCACCAACUCAAAUUAUGAUCUAAGCCUCAAUGGAGUGAUUUUAACCCAUGGUGAUCUAGACUGAAUUUAUGGAUUAAGAAAAGUGGGACUUUGAUCGAUACAUAUCAAGAUUUAUGCUUUGUGGGAUGGCAACAGCCACCUCCAGUCCCUAUCUAGCCAGCAGCAGGAUUUUAUCCGGCCCGGUGCUUCACUCUGACCGGAGGGGUGGUGGCAUGCAGCCGGGCAGCACCGCGGUGACCACGGUUUCCAGUGGAUACAGAGGGGACCCGUCAGUUAAGAUGGUGCAGAGUGACUUCAUGCAGGGAGCCAUGGUGGCGAGCAACGGGGGCCACAUGCUCAGCCACGCUCACCAGUGGGUCACAUCGUUGCCGCACGCCGCAGCCGCAGCAGCCGCAGCCGCGGUGGCAGCAGUCGAGGCCGGCUCCCCGUGGCCGCCCAGCUCCCAGCCGCAAGACGUGAAGAGAAACGGCGGCAGGGAGGACCUCCACUCGGGCUCCGCUCUGCACCACAGGUCCCCACAUCUGGGUCCUCAUCAGACGCACCCGGGAAGUUGGGGAGGCUCCUCCGCGGCGCACAUCAGCAUCUCCGAGGGGCAGCAGCAGCAGCAGCAGUCCCUCAUCUACUCCCAGCCAGGCGGGUUUACUGUCAACGGGAUGCUUAGCUCACACGCCGGACAGAGCCUCAUGCACCCGGGGCUGGUGCGCGGCCAGUCCCCGGAGCUGGACCACGGCAGCCAGCAUCACCACCAGCAUCACCACCACAAUCACCACACACACCUUCACCAGCAUCACGGUGUGAACCAUGAGCCGCACUCAGACGAGGACACACCGACGUCUGACGACUUGGAGCAUUUCGCCAAACAGUUCAAACAGCGACGGAUCAAGCUCGGUUUUACGCAGGCGGACGUGGGCUUGGCGUUGGGCACCUUGUACGGCAACGUGUUCUCACAGACCACCAUCUGCAGGUUCGAGGCGCUGCAGCUGAGCUUUAAGAACAUGUGCAAGCUGAAGCCUCUGCUCAACAAAUGGCUGGAGGAGGCCGACUCCACGACCGGGAGCCCGACCAGCAUCGAUAAGAUCGCCACGCAGGGAAGGAAGAGGAAAAAGCGCACGUCCAUCGAGGUGAGCGUAAAAGGCGCGCUGGAGAGCCACUUCCUCAAGUGUCCCAAACCCUCCGCGCAGGAGAUCACCUCUCUGGCGGACUCUCUGCAGCUGGAGAAGGAGGUGGUCCGGGUCUGGUUCUGCAACCGCAGGCAGAAAGAGAAGCGCAUGACGCCACCUGGACUCCCGCGCACCCCGGAGGACGCGUACUCGCAGGUGGGCAGCAUGGGUCCCGACACUCCGUCACCCUCCAUAGACUGCAAGAGGAUGUACAGCGACACGUGAAAAUAACUUACACCGUCAAGUGUUUGAUUAGAUAUUUAGAGAAACGUUUCCCUGAAAGACUCAAGUAUCUGCUUAACUUUUCGUACACUACAUAUGUCCAGUUAUUAUCCAGUCUGCGUUAAUUUCAGAGCAGGACAGAUGUCCUUUUACGCUUCGUCGAGUAUUUUUCCUGCACAAUGGAUCAACCUUUGGGACAGAAAACCAAAAGUUAAACGGAAAGCUGAGAAGAAAACAAGUUUUAUGUCUUUUACAUUCAAUUUUCCAGAGACUUUAAGGCUCAAGUUCAGAAAAAAGCUCUUUGUGCAGUUGGUUAUAAAAAUAAGUUCCCUUGUAAUGCUGCAGAUUUCAAUGCCCCACUCUUACCUAUAUGGUUUUUGAAUUGAAAGGCAUUUAUUCAGCAUUUUGUUGUUUUUAUGAUAAGCAAUAAUUUAUCAGGUGUUAAAAGGUGUUUCUCACUUUUGUGUUGUGUCAGUGGUUUUAUGUUGUGCCACAGUUUAAAAUGGACAAAAAGCAGAAAUUGUUCCAGUUUUUCCUUCAUAGGAAACUUUUUUCUUUCUUUCUGGAAAUUAGCAAACAUGCCCUUAAGUUAAUGUACAAGUAAGUCUGUUGUGCAUUUCUUGUGAUUAUUUAUUUCUUCCACUUGUGUUUACUUUCACUGAACAGACAAAUAAUUUAAUAAAUCUUACAUGAGGGAAA